GUUGUACAGCCCUUUUCUGUGGUGCUCAUAAUCACAUGGAGAAGACAGAUAAUAAGUAAACAAUUAAAGAUAUGAUUGCAGGAAAGGUUACCGGCCAACACCCUCCCAAAAACAAGCGUUCAAAGGAGCCAGGAGAGAACAGAAUCAAACCUACCAACAAAAAGGGGAAGCCCAAAAUUCCUAAAAUAAAGGACAGGGACUCCGCUGAUUCGACACCAAAGACGCAGUCUAUAAUGACACAUGUGUUGGAUAAAGGUCGCUUCCAGAAGCCUGCUGCCACCCUGAGUCUGGUGGCAGGACAAACUGUCGAGCUUCGAUGUAAAGGGAACAAAAUUGGCUGGAGCUAUCCUGCUUAUCUCCACACCUUUAAGGACUCCCGCCUCAGUGUGAAGCAGCAUGAGCGCUACGGCCAGUUGACGCUGGUCAACUCCACCUCGGCGGACACGGGCGAAUUCAGCUGCUGGGGGCAGGUCUGCAACGGCUACAUCUGCAGGAGGGACGAGGCCAGAACAGGCUCCACCUACAUCUUCUUUACAGAGAAAGGGGAACUUUUUGUACCUUCUCCGAGCUAUUUUGAUGUUGUCUACCUGAACCCAGACAGACAGGCUGUGGUUCCUUGUCGAGUGACCGUGCUGUCAGCCAAAGUGACGCUCCACAGGGAGUUCCCAGCUAAGGAGAUCCCAGCCAAUGGAACGGACAUCACUUACGACAUGAAGAGAGGCUUCGUGUAUCUGCGGCCUCAUUCUGACCACCAGGGGGUGGUCUACUGCAAGGCGGAGGCGGGGGGCAAGUCCCAGAUCUCUGUCAAGUACCAGCUGCUCUACGUAGAGGUUCCCAGCGGCCCCCCAUCAACAACCAUCUUGGCUUCCUCCAACAAAGUGCAAGGUGGGGAUGACAUCAGCGUGCUCUGCACUGUCCUGGGGGAGCCUGACGUUGAGGUGGAGUUCAGGUGGAUCUUUCCAGGGCAGAAGGAGGAAAGGCCCGUGACAAUUCAAGACACUUGGAGGCUGAUCCACAGAGGACUCGGACACACCACUCGGCUCUCCCAGAGUGUCAUUACAGUCGAAGACUUUGAGACCAUUGAUGCAGGAUAUUACAUCUGCACAGCUCAGAAUCCUCAAGGGCAGACCACAGUAGCGACCGCUGUUGAGUUUUCCUGAUUUGGAAAAUGAACUUAUGGAAAGCCCAUUUGUGUGCACAAUCAGCUUUGGUGUUCUUUUUAUUAGCUCUUUUUAUAUAGCCAGAGGCUGAUGUCAAGUGCCAAACCCAACUCCUGCCUUGUGAUUCAGACCCAGACAUCCAAACUAAAAGGAAGUCAUUGGGUCUAUUAAUAGAAUUGUUAACUUCUCUAACAGAAAGCAUGUAUUUUCGACUGCUUACCUACACACGUGUUUCUAGUUUUCAUACUAAGGCGAAAUUUAUGUAAACAACUUUAUAUAAUCAUUUCUAUUAAAUGAGCAAGUUUUUUGUAAAAAAUAAAAAAUGGGCUAAGUGCUCGUUUUUUUAGUUGGCUUGAAACACAUCCAGGAGGACUGGUUGGCAGUGAUACUCAGGUCGAUACCUAGUAUUCUUUUUGAUAUAACAAUCACAAUAUAUUAGAAUUUUAAAGUGUACUAAUAUAUAGUUCAACUUCUUAUCCAUAAGCAGCAACUCAAUU